GUACUAGGUAGAUACUUGUUAUAUUUGCACUUAUUGAAUUAUGCGUAUUAUCUUCGAGUUUCGAAGUCACGUUUAAGUCUGCGUCUAUCAAAUUUCUUUUAUUCGUUUAUUCAUAUGAUGUUUAUCGUUGUUGCAUUUUUAAUCAUUACGUUUACUUGUCCAUCUAAAAUUCAAGCGUGAACAUUUUUUGUAGUGUCGGUUUCGAUUUUAGUGAAUUUUGUGACAUCUUCGAUAUCACUUUAGGUACGAUUAGUACGUAACUCGUUGAAGUUUCCAACAACCGGAAAAACCAUGUCUCAGUAUUAUUUGGCAGUACACAAGAAUUUGAAGGAGCGAAUCGAUGAUUUGAGAUGUGCAACACUUGAGCGAACGACUUCCGUAAGUGCAAUUGAAGCUAAAAUAUAUUAUGACCAUCUUAUAUCAACUUACGAGAGAAUGGUUGCAUGUGAACUUAAAAUCGACGAGACAUCAAUCGCCGAUCUCAGCACUCUAAAUCAGUGGUUACAAGAAACUCGCCCAGUCCACAAACAGGUGGUCGAAUUGAAAGUAGCAUUACAGAAUAUAAUUUCUUCAACCGAGGCUACCUCCUUACCAACCGUAAACAAAGUAGAUGAUGAGUCCUUCAAAACUGAACCGUCCGAAACCGAGAAAAAGUUGGACUUCCAUACUCGAAAACAAAUCUUCCUCAUCAGACAAAUGGAAUCGUUAGAAAUACCCGACGACAUUUCCGCAGUAAAAGCAGAAGUAAUGUACAGUCAUCUUUCUCAACUUUACAAUUCGUUCAUCUCAAAUCAAAUUCAAAUCGAAGCAAGUGUCGACGACGAUGCCACUCUCAGAAAUCAACAACAAAUCGCCAAAGAAAUUCAACAAAAAGUAAUCGAUUUUCAAACGAAGCUGAAAAAAAUCAUGCAGCCGAUCGCAUCAACGUCAUUGACAGAAUCCAACAUCAAUAUAGGUCGUUCUUAUUCUCAACCAACACAAACCGAUACCGAAGCUAAUUUCGACUUACUCAUCAAAAAAAGAGAAUAUUUAAUAGAACGAAUAAUAUCGCUGAAACCAGAAGAAGAAGGUGUUAUUGUUACUCCAGAAAGGGCUAAAACAGUAUUCAAUCUACUCAAUACGCUUCACCACACGUACAACUCGAUUCAAUUUGAAAUCGAAUCACAAGUCAGCGGCUCUAUUCUCGAUAGUCAAUUAGAAAUUUCCAAGGAAAUUCAAAUCAAGAUGAUCGAACUUAAACGAAAGUUUAAAAAAAUCUUCGCUCAGUAGACCUACCUUCAUCUUCGACGUAAUUCAAGGCAUUUUCAUCAGAACAAAUUAAAUCAUCGGAAGAAAAUAAUCUGCAACACGAAACUGGGAUUAAUAUGUAUCAGCGACAUCUCAAAAUCAAUGAAUGAUCAUUUAAAAAUAUCAAAGGAAAUCCAAACUCAGAUCACACCUCUUCAAAAGAAAUUGAAUACAUUCGUUGACUGUAACCACAAAAAUGAAAUUAAGAAUUCUGGUAAAUGUGAAAAAAUCCUCGAGAUAAAUUAUGAAACAUUCGACACACAACAAAAACUUUCCUCUUCUAUCAUAAAGUGUUUGUCUCAACGAAAAUGAUAUUUUAUUAAAAGAUAGAAUAUUUUAAGAUUUUUGAAUUUACGCUUUGAGUGCUAUCCAACUAACGAUAAGUAGUGUACAAAAUAUUGUAGUCUAUCUAAAAACGUGUAUGAUUAAUUCUUAAGUCCAACUUGAAAAACUGUAACGUAAUAAUAAUUUUAGCUAUGCGAUUAGAAUGGGCAAAUUCAGAGAUGAUUUUAGUGGUCUGAAAAUUCAAAUUUUAGAAAUUUUCAAAAAUUGGAAUAUUUUAUGAUCUAUUUAAUUUUUUGUUUACAAAAAUCUUAACUUGAGUAUGUAUGUACAUAGGCAUAUAACAUAAUAAAUAUGAAAUUUAAUACAGUUUUGCAUGACAUUUUUCAUUAGAAAGUCCGAUGAAAUGCAAAUCAUUUUAAAGGAUGGUUUAUGUUAUAUAUCUUUGUUCCAAUGGAUGACUAACCAAGAGAAUGUCCCGUCGUUGCAUUGUGGUGAAUAGGCAGUAGACCUUAGAGCUUUUAUUUGGUAGAUAUCAAGUACAUACAUUCUUGUGAGCGUGAUCCAUGCAGAUUUCGAUAACUACAAUUUUGAAUCCAUAUCCUUGAAUCAAAAUUCAACUAAGGGCUCGUUUAUGUAUUAAUCGACUGUUGCCUUUUGGGGCACAAUAUUUUUUCAAACAAUUUAUUUAUAUUUUCAAAAACAUCUAUGAUUUCGUCAAACUUAAAGGCUGCUAAUUGUGUCAUUUUUUUAGUCCUGUAAAAUUAAAAACUUAAUUCAUAAGUAGGUAUGUAGUUCGCUGUAUUGAUGAUUAAAAAUAAUUUAUUUUCAUUUUCUAAAAA